CCGAGGCGCGUCGAACAUAACCGAAUAAAUCGCCAACCGUAACCACGGCAAGUAGGGAUGGAAAAUUGAGAGACACGUAAAACAUGGCGGAGGCCGUUGUGGAUGGAAGUCCGAUGUCUCGGUUUUUUUGCCACAAAUGCAGCGUCGAAAUCGAGCGUCUGCUGCCGAAUUACACGUGUCCACGAUGUGCAAGUGGUUUCAUCGAAGAGCUGGAGAGCAGCAGCAAUGAGGGUAGCUCGGGCGUGGAUAUGAACAGCGAAGAACUGAGCGAUGGGGAUAUCGAUAUCUUGACCUUGAAUCGCUCCGACCGUGAUCGUGAUAUAAUAGAAAUGAUAAUGGGUCUCUCGAAUACAUACACCAAUCAACAGUUGAACACCAGUCAACAACCGGGUGGAGGCAAUAGAAACUAUGUGCUCGGGAGCAGAAGGAGGUCUAAUUGGUCCCGUAAUCCUCAAGAUGGACGUCGCACCAGCAGUAGCAAUCGUAGAAGACAAGAGAGCCUACAGGUGCCUAUAGAGAAUUUCAUACAAGAUUUUAUCUUCAAUCUUUCGGGAGCAGCGAGUCUAAGCAACUCUGUGGGUCAAGAUGCACAGCCAUCGGUAUUCAAUGUUAGACUGUUCUUGGGAAAUCCUGGAGAUUAUGUUUGGGGUCGUGAUGGAUUAGACGCUAUUGUUACCCAAUUAUUGAAUCAAAUGGAUGGUACUGGACCACCACCUUUGUCACGCAAUCAGAUCGAUGAGAUACCUACUACUACUAUAACGCAAAGUCAAGUUGAUUGCAAGCUACAAUGUUCCGUUUGUUGGGAAGAUUUUAAGCUGUCCGAACCUGUUAGACAAUUACCCUGCCAGCACGUCUAUCACGCACCAUGUAUUGUACCUUGGCUGGAAUUACAUGGAACCUGUCCCAUUUGCAGACAAAAUUUGGGAGAUCAAAAUCAGGCAGAAGCAAACCAAGAUGCUGGAGCCAAUAUAGCUGGAUCGACUUUAGCCGGAUCUAGUUUUGCUGCUUUGUUUAGGGCAGCAAAUGAAGCGCACCGAACAGGACAGCCAAUUAGCCGGACAUCGUCUACUUCGUCAUCUACUUCCUCUACUUCAGAGUAGCCGCAGUACUUGUUCAAGUGAGAUAUGAGUGAUAUUUUUCUUUCAACUAUCCGAUUUCAUAAUUUA